GUCUCAAGCUCUAUUCACCAACGAAUCAACCAAUCCACGAUAAAAAGCGCUACUCUGCGUUUCGAUAAUAAUUUGGAUAAUAAUUUGGAUAGUAAUUUGGAUAAUUAACAAGAACGCAACGAAACGACUGACGCGAUUGACACGAUUGACGCGACAAUAGAUAUCUACAUUAGCAAAAUGAGCGGGGAAGUGGAAGAUAAGCACGGCGAAGCGAUUUACGAGGGCGACCAUGUGUAUACGCGGAUUCGGGGCGGGAGACAUGAGGGCGAGGUCGACAAGGUUGUCAUGACUGAAGAGGAGGCUAAGGAGGAAAAUGUGAAGAAUCCUCCCAAGGUCCUGUUUGAAGAUCAAAAGGGCAAAUAUGUGGCUCAUAAUCCCGGGACUCUGGAAAAGCAAGAAGAAUAAUAACAUAGGGCUGAAGCCGAGCAAGCGUGAGACAUUUUCUUCCACGCGCAAAAAAAUGUCGUGCAUAUUCAGUGGGAGAGUAGUAUGAGAAAUGGUGGCGCUUGAGAAAAAGGUUUCUGUUCAGGUUCAGCUUCGCGCCACAUUAUUUCAGCCAGGUCAGGUUUUUAAUGCCGUUGAGUUUGGAUCACUUUGGGAGAGGGGGGUCAGUGCCUGACCAGGGGUUUGGGAUUUUCGAAUGUUUGUUUGGUUUGUGGACUGGGUGAUCGCGGGAUGUACAUCUGAUGGGGA